ACAUCUCUGGUAGUGCUGCUUUGACAAACGGUUUGGAAAGCUUUCUGGACUUGGCAUGGCUGAAGCGUGGUGCAAAGAGGACCAGGGGGAAGUGGAAGCUCUAGAGGACGAAUUUGGAGAAAUCAUUAAAACUAGAUCAGAUGAAAGAGAAGAUGUACAAAAGAAAACAUUCACAAAGUGGAUAAACUCACAAUUUGCUAAGGCUGGAAGACCUCCUAUCAAUGACCUCUUUACUGAUCUGUGUGAUGGUCGUCGUCUUUUGGAGCUUUUGGAGGGCCUGACCGGGCGGGAAUUGUUAAAAGAGCGUGGUUUCACCAGAGUGCACUCGCUCAAUAAUGUCAACAGAGUGCUCCAGAUCCUUCAGAAAAACCAUGUUGAUUUGGUGAAUAUUGGUGGAGCUGACAUUGUUGAUGGCAAUCAUAAACUGACAUUGGGACUCAUCUGGAGCAUAAUUCUCCAUUGGCAGGUGAAGGAUGUGAUGAAAGAUUUGAUGGCGGACUUAAAGCAAACCAACAGUGAAAAGAUUCUACUGAGCUGGGUUAGGCAGUCCAGUAAGGAUUACCCACAGGUCAAUGUUGUGAACUUCUCUAGCAGCUGGGAGGAUGGUUUUGCCUUCAAUGCGCUCAUCCAUAGCCACAGGCCCGAGCUGUUCAACUGGGCUGUGGUGGAACAAAUGGAUAAAGCUAUUGACCGGUUGGAUCAUGCUUUCACUGUUUCUGAGAAGCAUUUGGGUAUUGAACGACUGCUCGACCCUGAAGAUGUGGCUACCACUUGUCCAGAUAAGAAGUCUGUAAUUAUGUACGUCACCUCCCUGUUUAAAGUCCUGCCCCACCGUGUGAGUUUAGAGGCCCUUAAGGAGGUUGAGACUCUUCCCCACACUGUAAUAUCUAAGGAGAAACACUUUCUUCAAACACAGCAGCGCUAUUCCCAACAGAUCACCGUCAGCGUUGCUCAUGGUCAAGUACGUAGCCCUUCUCCUUCGAAUAAGCUACGCUACAAAAGCUAUGCUUUCACUCAGGCUGCGUAUGUUAGGUCACCUGAACAGACAAGAAAAAAGCCCACCACACUGUCAACAGAAAGCCUGGAAGAUAUGUGGCCAUCGCUCGGUACAAACCCAAACCGACUGGAGAGUUAUCAGAAUUCCCUGGAAGAGGUGCUGACCUGGCUUUUGACUGCUGAGGACAGCCUACAAGCUCAGCCACCCAUUUCUACUUUUGUGGAAGAAGUAAAGGAGCAGUUUCACACUCAUGAGGGCUACAUGAUUGAUCUGACUGCCCAUCAGGGCAGUAUAGGUAGGGUGUUGAAAGCCGGGAGCAUCCUGUUGGCUGAAGGGCAGCUGAGUGAUGAGGAGGAGAAUGAAAUUCGCGAGCAGAUGAAUCUGCUAAACGCUCGCUGGGAACAUUUACGAGUAGCCAGUAUGGAACGACAAAGCAGGCUUCAUGAAGUUUUAAUGGAUCUGCAGAAUCAGCAGCUGAGACAGCUUUCCACUUGGUUAGAUGUGACUGAAGCUCGAAUUAAACAAAUGGAGGCUAAACCUUUAGGUCCUGAAAUUGAGGAUGUAAAACACCAGAUUGAAGAGCAUAAGCUGUUGCAAGAGGAUCUGGAGAUGGAGCAGAUACAGGUCAACUCUCUGACUCACAUGGUUGUAGUAGUGGAUGAGAACAAUGGAGAUAGCGCCACCGCAGCACUAGAGGAGAAACUACAGACUUUUGGGGAGCGUUGGGCCACCAUCUGUAAAUGGACAGAGGACCGUUGGAUCCUCCUUCAGAAGAUCCUGACAAAUUGGCACCUGUUCAUUGAGGAACAGACCAUGUUUGAAUCCUGGCUGACACAAAAGGAGCAGUUACUUCUUUCCAUUCAGAGCAGUGGUAACACUGACCACAACGAAGUAGCCGCCAACCUCAGAAAGCUUGCAAUUCUGAAGGCAGAUCUUGAGCUGAAGAGGCCGACCAUGGACAAACUUUGCUCCCUUGUUCAAGACUUGUUGUCCAACAUUAAGAACAAACAGGCUUCAGAGAGACUUGAAGCGAGGUUGGAGAGAAUUGCUCAACGCUGGGACAAACUGGUGCAGUCACUUCAGCUCACCAGUAACAAGCUCUCAACUACUACUGUGACCACAUCACAGUCUCAAAUUACACACACCACCGUGGAAACCAAAGUCACCACGCAUCAGAAAAAGACAUUAAAGCAGUCUAAGGACGGCCUGGCUACCCCUCCUCCUCAGAAAAAGCGCCAGGUAGUUGUCGACUCAGAGCUUCGUAAAAGGCUUGACGUGGACUUCACUGAGAUUCACAGUUUCAUGACCCGCUCAGAGGCUGUCCUGCAGAGUCCAGAGUUCUCAGUUUCACGCAAAGAGGGCAGUGUGGUAGACCUUUAUGAGAAAGUUUUGGCGAUCGAUAGAGAAAAACCAGAGAAGCUCAGGAAGCUUCAAGAAGCAACACGGUCAGCGCAGGCUCUAAUAGACCAGCUUACAAGUGACAGGCAAAAUUCCGAUGACAUUCAGCAGGCUUCUCAGCAGCUGCAGACUCGAUGGGUCGAGUUCUGUGCUCUGCUGGCUGACAGGCUGACGUGGCUCGCCUACCAGACCAAAGUACUGGCUUUCUACAAUCUCUUCCAUGAGCUGGAACAAGCAGUAGCGAAUUCGGAGAACUGGCUGAAAGUGCAGCAACCCCCGGCGUGCGAGCCACAACCACUGAGGAUUCAAAUCGAGCGCUGCAGGGAUGAGAUAGCUCGUCUGAGUGCACUUGAACCACAAAUGGAGAAACUACACGAAAGACUUCAGGAACUAAAAGAGAAAGAGGAGACACAGGUUUUCAUGGAUGCUGAUAUAUCUGCCCUGCAAGACCACUAUCACCAGGUUCUGGAGGACCUAAAGGCCAGAGAGAAACAGCUUAUAUUAGUCCAGACUAGUCUUCCACCAGCACGCUACAAGGAUCUUAUGAGGAACCUUUUAGCUUGGCUUAAACAAUGUGAAGACAAAUUAGCCAUUCCUUCUACAGCAGUCACUGAGUACCCCGUCAUGGAGCAAAGGAUGAAAGACACCAUGGCAAUUCAAUCAGCACAGCAGGAGCACCAGAAAGAAAUUGAUGCUCUUAAUACCAUGGCUGAGGAAGUGUGUCAGAAAGCUCCCCCUGAGAUAGCUCAGAAGUAUCGUAUUGAGGUGGACGGUGUGAUAGCACGCUGGAAACAUAUAAAGGAUCAACUACGAGGAAACAUACAGAAAUUACAGGAGCACUUGAACAAGCUGCAACAGUUUCAGAAUGACACAAAAACCCUGCAAAAGUGGAUGGCUGAGGUUGAUAUUUUUUUAAACGAGGAGUGGCCGGCCUUAGGAGACUCAGAGGCUCUUGAGAAGCAACUGGAACAGUGCACGGCAUUAGUUAAUGACAUUCACACUGUCCAACCAAGUCUUGAUGGUAUCAAUGAAGUGGGACAUGCCUUGAUAAGGGAAGCAGAGCCACAGUUUGCUAUCAAGAUCCAGAAGAUGCUUGAUGAGCUGAAUGCUCAGUGGGAACUCAUUUGUAAACAGGCAUAUGCUAAAAAAUCAGCCCUGAAAGGUGGACUGGACAUGACAGUGUGUCUGAAGAAGGAGCUGCAGGAGAUGCAGGAGUGGAUCAUACAAGCAGAAGAGGAGUAUCUGGAGAGUGACUUUCAGUAUAAAACACCUGAAGAACUCCAUAAAGCAGUGGAAGAACUGAAGAGAGCUCAAGAAGAAGUCCAUCACAAAGAAAUAAAAGUAAACCUCCUGACAGAAAAAGUAACCAGUUUCAUCUCCAAGGCUCCACCAACAGCUCACGAUGCUUUGAAGACGGAACUAGAUGUUUUGAUUUCCAACUACCAGCGUCUGUGUAGUCGGCUUGAUGGAAAGUACAAGACAUUAGAGGAGGUGUGGGCUUGCUGGUGUGAAUUGCUGUCCUAUUUGGAACAAGAACAUUUCUGGAUGGAUCUUCUAGAAAUAAAGCUUAAUGAGACGGACAAUCUCCCAGGAGACACAGAAACAAUAGCGGAGGCUGUGGCUUCCUUAAACACAAUGAUAAAGGAACAUCCUGAAUAUAACCGUCAACAAAUACAUGAGUUAGCUCAGACUCUUAUGGAUGGUAGAGUUCUUGAUGAGCUCAUUAAAAAGAAGGUGGAAGAUUACAACAUUCGCUGGGAUGAACUCAUGCGGAUGGCAUUGCAAAGGCAACAACAGCUAGAGAAGCGAUUGCAUUGGACACAAGAAAAUGACAAAACACUCCGUCUUAUCCAAGAUUCUUUAAAGACUACUGACCGCCAUCUGACCGCAUAUCUUGCGGAUGGUAUAGAUGCUGUUCAGAUACCACAGGAAGCUCAGAAAAUUCAGACUGAACUGAGUGGUCAUGAGGUGACUCUGGAUAGUAUGAAGAAGAAGAGUAAUGAAGCAGACGCAUCAGAAAACUGGGUGACAGAGAUAGAGGGCACAUAUGCAAAAUUAAUGGAGGUAAAAGCAAAGUUUCGACUUUUCCAAAAACCAGCCAACUUUGAUCAGCGGUUAAAAGAAUGUGAGCAGGUGUUGGAAGAGGUGAAGGGUCAGUUGGGGAUGCUGAACAGCCACAGUGUGGAGCAAGAUGUGGUGCAAUCUCAACUGGAGCAUUGUAUGAGGUUAUAUAAAACUCUAAGUGAAGUGAAAUCGGAAGUGGAGAUGGUCAUAAAGACAGGAAGGCAGAUUGUGCAGAGACAGCAGACAGAGAAACCCAAAGAGCUGGACGACCGUUUGACGAGUCUUAAAUUCUUAUAUAAUGACUUGGGUGGACAGGUAACAGAGAGAAAGCAAGCAAUAGAAAAAAGUUUGAAGUUGUUGAGAAAAUUUAAGAAGGACCUGAAAAGUCUGACAGAAUGGUUAGCGGCAAUUGAUAGUGAACUAACAUGUCGGUCAUCAGUGGAAGGGAUGCCUAGCAACCUAGAAGCAGAGUUGGCAUGGGCUAAGGCUACACAGGAGGCUACAGAUCAACAUACCCCUCAGCUCAGUUCAGUAAAAGAUUUAGCAGAGACCCUGAAAGAUCUGUUCAGUGACCAGAAAAACCUUAUUGAUGACAAAGUCAGUCUGUUAAACUGCAACUGGAUUGCUGUGACAUCACGCAGUGAACAAUGGCUCAAUCUGCUACUGGAUUACCAAAAUCAGUUAAAUAACCUGGAUAAAAAUGUUGCUGAGAUACACACCUGGUUAGAUGGAGCGGAGGCUCAGAUGAACAAGAUGAAAAAUACAGGCUUUGUUGAUCAUGUUAUCAAGGGUCUGCAAGCUGAGCUGGAGCCGAUGCGUGGAAAGUUAAAGGACGUGCAGAAUCUUGGUGAUGAACUCGUUAAAAACACUGGGGAACACUGUAAAGCUAAAGUAAAGCCCAAGUUGGAUCAUCUCACUCAACGCUUCGACAGUGUAGCGCAAGACAUUUUACAUGGACAGGUUUCCUCUCAAGAGUUAGAGGAAUACUACAAUCAAGCAAAUAUGUGGCUACAGAAGUUGGAUGAAGAAAUAAAAAUGGGUGAAAACGUCAAGGAAGAGGAUUUUACUGAAGUUCCAGUUGUCGAUGAUGAGGAAUUAAAAUACCUGCUGCUGAAAGGAGAGAAUCUUCUGAAAAGAACCACAGAUCCAGAAAAAGCAAUUGUUUAUCAAAAGCAUCAUUCACUCCUUGAUAAGUACAACACUUUGAAGAAUCUAAGAGCACUUAGGAAGAAAAGGGCACUUGCUUUAGCCCCACAGUGGUACCAGUUCUGUAAGAGGUCAGACGAUAUGAAGCAAUGGCUUGACAAAAUGUCAAAGACGAUGGCGGAACUACCCGAACCUGCAGAACCAAAACUAAAGGAAAUUAGCACUAAGUUUGAACAGCAACGUCCAGUGCUUGAAGAAUGUCGAGGACUCGGUCACAUGCUUUCAGGAGGUGGAUUGACUAAGCUUGUGGAACCACGCCUCAUCCCCAUUAAUAACCGCUGGAAACAGCUAGAAACGAAAUUUGCUCAAUUGCAUCACAUGAGUGAACUGCAAGCUUUACUAGAUACGAUUGAUGAGAAUAAGGCACUGCUAAACUCGGUGAGCUGGUCUGCCGUAACUGAUAAUACAGCCAAACAGGAGAAGUGUCUACAGAAAGUAAAAAACAGUUUGGAGACUCUUCAGACUUCAGUGCCAGAAGCUUUAGAGAAGAACAAAGCUUUUCCUCAUGAAGGUCUGCUUCUUCAGCUCCUCACUACCAGCUGGGACAACCUGAAGGAUCUCUAUCAGAAGAAGCUAGUAUACUUUGACAAAUACAAGAAAUACAACAUGAUAGUCAAAUCCCUCCAGGAUUGGUUAACUGGUGCUGAAAAAUCAUUAGUGCUGUAUGAGGAAGACCCAAACCAAAAUACAAGCCACCUCAAGCAUCUGCAGGAAGAUUUGGAAAAACAAGAGACAGCAGUGAAAGAACUUAACAUUCUGGGUAAAGAUCUGAUCUUGGAGAGUAGCAGAGAAGAUGGAGAUCAAAUCAAACAGCAGCUUGCUUCCAUCAAUGCCCGCUGGGCCAAAGUUUUCAACAAAAUGUCUGAGGUUAGAAGAAGAUCUACAGGAGAAAAGAUUUUACUCACUGAACUUCAUGACAAUAUGGAUGAGUUUUCAUCUUGGUUGAAUAAAGCAGAGAGUAUUGCUGCCGCUCCACUACAACCAGGCAACAAGGAGCAGUUAAAGACAGAAUUGGAAAGAGUGAAGCCUCAAGUAGCAGAAUUACCAAACAGAAAUCAAAUCUUACAAAAUCUUAGGACUAAAGCUUCAUUUCUGCCUGCUGAUAAAAACAAAUCUUUGGAAAGCAAAUUUAAAGUUAUCAACAUGAGAUGGGCCCAGGUAUCUACAAAUCUUCCUGAGAAGCAGAAACAGAUUGAGAAUUACCUAAGAGAUUUGAGCCUGUACCACAAGCAACUUCAUGAUCUUUCCAGCUGGACCUCAGCAACUAGGAACCAACUGGAAAAGUCACCUGAAGCCAUUGAAUAUAAGAUUAAAGAUAUUCAGUCAAAAAAACCUGAAGUAGAAACAGUUUUGGCUAAAGAAAGACCACCUUAUCAUCCUGAAGGGGAGCAAUUUGAUGUCCUCAGUACAGACUGGAGAGCUAUUCAAAUAUUUCUUAAAGAGUGGAAUGAUAAAUGUCAAGUCACAACUGAAUAUUUGACCAGUAGUGUUCCGGGCGAUGCCUUGGCACUAAACCAGUUUAACAAAUCAUGGACUGAAUUCAAUGACUGGCUGUCUGGUCUUGAUGACAUGAUUGUGGCUAAACGGGUGAAAGUAGGAGAUCUUGGUGAUAUUAGUAACACGACUGAAAAACUUAAGGCAGCACUACAAGACAUGGAGCAAAGAUUUCCACAGCUGAAUAUACAGAUCACUGCAGCCCAAAACCUUAAAAACAAAACAAAUAACCCUCAGACACGUGCCACCAUUACAGAUCAAAUUGACAGAUUACAGGCCCGAUGGGAAGACUCGCACACCAAGUUGACGGACAGAAUUUUACAACUUCAGAGCAUGUAUCAAGACUCCAGCGAUUGGCUGGAAGCCAGAAAAAGGACGGAGUCUUUGAUAAAACAUACCAGUGAAAAAUUAGAAGGCUUUAAGGAAAACUUGCCAGGUUCUGAUGUACUGAAGGGUGAUUUUAAGAAAUUUGCACAAGAUAUACAGCGCUGGCAAGCAGAAGUGAACAUGACAAAUGAAAAGGCAAACAAACUACUGACACUUUAUGCAAAUGAUGACACAAGUUUGGUUAAACAGAUGACUGAUAACAUGAACCUUGCUUGGGCUAAAAUCCAAAAGAGUGCAGGGGACACAGAGGCAGACCUUGACGCUGGAUCUAAGCAGAUGCAACACUAUUACUUAGAUCUGGAAAAGUUUCUUAAUUGGCUGACUGAGGCAGAAACUACAGCAAAUGUCUUGCAAAAUGCUUCAUACAAGGAACGACUUCUGGAGGACCCAGGCGCGGUGCAACGCUUACUAGAGCAAUGGCAAGAUCUUCAGACAGAGAUCGAUACCCACACAGAUACGUAUCAUGCAUUGGAUGAGAAUGGGCAGCGUGUAGUGCAGUCAUUGGGGAGGUCAGACAGUGCUAUUGUGCUACAAAAACAGCUUCACAACAUGGGACAGCGCUGGCAGGAUUUGUGUAAAAAGGUCAUUAGUGUGAGGCCUCACUUGGAUAAUAAAAUGGACCAAUGGAAGCAUUUUCACAUGUCCUUACAAGAGCUGCUCCAGUGGAUACAGCUCAGGAGGGGGGAACUGGAGCACCAAAAACCAGUGGGGGGUGACGUACCAACAGUUCGUCAGCAAUUAAACACACAUAAGGUCUUUAGACGAGAUCUUGGUGCAAAGGAGCCAAUAAUUGAUGGAACACUUAAUAAUGUGAAGAGUUUUCUGAUUGAACUGCCUAGUGAAGAGGGAAAACAGAGGCCAGAUCAAAGAGACAUCAGCCCAGAAGAAAGAGUUCAAAAUGUUGGCCGUAUUUUGCGUAAGGAAGCAGAGGAUGUCACUACACUUUGGAGAGAACUGGGUAUAGCCUCAGAAGACUGGCAGCAACAGCUGGAAUUGGCCCUAAAAAGACUGAUGGAGCUUCAGGAUGCAGAGAAUCAGCUGGAUGUCAAGCUUCGGCAAGCUGAGAUCGUGAAAGACUCCUGGGAGCCGAUUGGAGACUUGCUUGUAGACAAUCUGAGCGACCAAAUGGAAAUGGUUAAGGCAUUCCAGGUGAAGAUCGCUCCAAUCCAGGAUGAUGUAAAUCACGUCAACAAACUGGUCUCUACAUUCAAAACACCUGAUAUUCAACUGUCACCAGACAGUCUGAAGAGAAAUGAUGACCUUAACAUGAGAUGGAGACUUCUGCAGAUAUGGAUUGAAGAUUAUUUGUCCCAGCUUACAGAGGCCCACCGAGACUUAGGUCCCCAUACUCAGCAUUUCCUACAAGGUUCUGUACAAAGUCCCUUUGAGCGCUCUGUUUCUCCAAACAAUGUUCCCUACUACAUAAACCACCAGACACAAACAACUUGUUGGGACCAUCCAAAAAUGGCUGAGCUGUACCAGUCUUUAGCGGAUCUUAACAAUGUAAGAUUCUCAGCAUACAGAACAGCAAUGAAGCUUCGACGACUUCAAAAAGCUCUGUGUUUGGACCUACUGGGGAUGUCGGCAGCCUGUGAAGCAUUCGAACAGCACAGCCUCAAACAGAACGAGCAGUUUAUUGAUAUCAUACAAGUGAUCAGCUGUCUGACCACUAUCUAUGACCGUCUGGAGCAGCAGCAGAGUGGCCUUGUUAACGUACCUCUAUGUGUGGAUAUGUGUCUGAACUGGUUGCUGAAUGUUUAUGACACUGGUAGAACUGGAAAGAUUCGUACACUUUCUUUUAAAACAGGAAUAAUCUCCCUCUGCAAAGCUCAUCUUGAAGAUAAGUACAGAUUUUUAUUUAGACAGGUGGCCAGUGCCACAGGUUUCUGUGACCAGAGGCGCCUUGGACUUCUCCUGCAUGACUCGAUCCAGAUCCCCAGGCAGCUGGGUGAGGUGGCAUCAUUUGGAGGAAGCAACAUUGAACCCAGUGUACGCAGCUGCUUUCAGUUUGCAAAUAACAAGCCAGAACUGGAGGCUUCAGUCUUUCUGGACUGGAUGCGUUUGGAGCCACAGUCUAUGGUCUGGCUCCCUGUACUUCAUCGUGUAGCAGCUGCAGAAACCGCCAAACAUCAGGCCAAAUGUAACAUCUGCAAGGAAUGUCCCAUCAUCGGCUUCAGGUACCGAAGCUUAAAGCACUUUAACUACGACAUCUGCCAAAGCUGCUUUUUCUCUGGCCGAGUGGCUAAAGGACAUAAGAUGCAGUAUCCCAUGGUUGAAUAUUGCACUCCGACGACUUCUGGAGAAGAUGUCAGAGAUUUUGCCAAGGUGCUAAAAAACAAGUUCAGGACAAAACGCUAUUUUGCCAAGCACCCCCGGAUGGGCUACCUCCCUGUUCAGACCAUACUGGAGGGUGACAACAUGGAAACUCCUGUUACGCUGAUAAACUUCUGGCCUGUUGACCAUCUCCCAGCGUCUUCUCCACAGCUGUCACAUGAUGACACCCACUCACGUAUUGAACAUUAUGCUAGCAGGCUAGCUGAAAUGGAAAAUCGGAACGGCUCAUACAUGAAUGACAAUAUUUCGCCUAACGAGAGCAUGGAUGAUGAGCAUCUACUGAUCCAGCAUUACUGUCAUAGUCUUAAUCAAGGCUCCCCAAUAAACCAGCCCCAGAGUCCAGCACAGAUCCUUCUAUCAAUGGAAAGUGAUGAGAAGGGAGAGCUUGAGAGAGUUCUAACUGAUCUAGAGCUAGAAAAUAGGAAGCUACAGUCAGAAUAUGAUCGACUUAAAAAAGCCCACGGUCACAAGGGGCUUUCACCACUUCCCUCCCCCCCACAGAUGCUCCCGAUUUCACCCCAGAAUCGGGACGCUGAACUUAUUGCCGAGGCAAAACUACUGAGGCAGCAUAAGGGUCGCUUGGAAGCCAGAAUGCAAAUUUUAGAAGAUCAUAACAAGCAGCUUGAGUCUCAGCUUAAGCGGCUUAGACAACUACUGGAGCAGCCACAGACUGAGUCGAAGGUGAAUGGCACACCCCUGUCCUCUCCCUCAACUGCCUCCCAGAGAUCUGACACCAGCCUGGCCUCACUGCUUGUUGCCACAACCCAAACCACUGAGACUAUGGAUCAAGGCUGUAUUCAGGCCCCUGAAGUUCUUCUUCACCAAACUCACCAAACUAUGUGUUUAUAGACCUCGCUUAGUGCUGGACUAGAAGGGCUAUGCCUCACAGAAUGGUGGCAGCAUAUUAUUUACUUUAUGUAAUGGUUUUACACAUUUUAGCAAUGUUAGCAAUAAGUGUGGCUGAAACAGAGGUGUCCACAUAGUUUUGGCUAUAUAGCGUAUAUGUUUCAGGUAGUGUUUCUCAUAAUUGUGUUAACUUUAAACAAUGUAUUAUGAUUCUGUAUGUAUGAUACAUUCUGUAUCAUUCAUUCAAUACAUGGCAUAAAAACCAGGCUGGUCUCAAGAACCUACCAUGCUAUUUUUAUUAAUUAAACCCACUUGUUUUUUUGCUCUGUAGAAAACUGUGUGUGUGUUGUUUUAUUUUUUUUUUUGCCAGCCCACGUGUGCUAGUGCUCUAAUUAAACAAAUGUAUUGGCAAAUAAUACUGAAGUGCCUUGAACAUUUAGCAGCAAUAUAUUUUGUUUAAUCUGACAAGGGUGAAUGUAUACCAUUAAUAAAUUGUAACUGUUCAA